GAGUUUCUUUUCUGACGGUGUCAGAUCUGAGAGAGAAAGAGAGAGAGAGAGAGAGAGGGGGUGAAAAUCGGUAAACAUAGUAAGUAGCGUGGCCUUGUCAUUAAUCGAGUGAGUUGAUGAGAGAUAUGGAGGAAACGGAGCAGGAAGCUGCUUCUGUAGGAGAUGCACGGGGGAAGCACAGGAUCCUUGCUGAGCUUGGUCGCGUUGAACAGGAAGUCAGUUUCUUGGAGAAAGAGUUGGAAGGGCUCGGGCAGACUGAUAUUGUAUCAACCGUGUGUGAGGAGCUGCUCUGUGUCAUCGAGAAAGCACCCGACCCUCUCUUGCCAUUGACCAGGGGACCUUUUGACUUGGGAUGGGACCGGUGGUUUGAAGGACCAAAGGGAGGUGAAGGCUGCAGAUGCUAUAUACUUUGAUUCAAGAGAGUAAAAUUGGUGUUAAGAUAUCUUUAACAUGGGAUCAGACAAACAAUGAUAAAAAUGUGGUUGUGACACUGUUGUUUUAACAUGCCCAUUGUAUUGGAUUGCAUAUAAUGGUUUAGUUGCACGUAUGUAAACUGUAUAUGUAUAUUGUUGUCAGUAUGAGAACCGAGCAAUGAAUGGUGUAUUAGCUUCUCAGGGGCA